AAAAUUAGACUGAUUUUUGCCCCCCAAAGUGCUGAAUGGUUAAUAAAUUUUAUAUAUAAAGAAAUGGGGGUAUAAUGCAAAGUACACUUGUGCGACUGAUUAUUGCGUCGCGAUGUGGUCCAAAAUAGUGCUUUGUUUUUUUGUGGGCCUCGCCUGCGCUAGCCACAACCCAGGCUGGCAACACAACCACGAAUACGUCUACCAAAUCCGCGGCCGCUCUCUCACCGGUUUGGACCAAAUCAGCAGCAAUCAUGCCGGUAUGCUCUUUAAAGCCAAACUUUGGGUAAGACCCCGAUCUGACGGACACCUCGGAGCCCGAAUCAUCGAACCACAAUAUGCCGAAAUCCACUCGAAGCUUUACCGAAGCUGGGAUCAGGAAAUCCCGGAUUCGGAACUCAGCUACAGUCCGAUUUCCCUCUCAUCGAAGCCGUUUUUGAUCAAAAUGGACAACAACGCCGUCAGUGACCUUGUUGUUGACCGGUCGAUCUCAAACUGGGAAGCUAACAUGAUCAAAGCCAUUGUGAGUCAACUCCAGUUGGACACAAACGCCGAAAAUCUUAUUCCCAGCUCGAUCAACAUUUUGACUCAAGAGGGGUCGAGCACGGCUGUUUUCAAAACAAUGGAACCCACUGUGACCGGAGAGUCCGAAACUUUGUACGAAAUCCACCCCUUGCCCGAUUAUAUCCUCCAGACAACUCCAUGGUUGGCUCCUUUGAAACAUUUGAAAGGCAGAGGACAAGUUAUCGAAGUUGUGAAAAACAAAAAUUUCACACACAGCAAGGAAACUCCCUCGUAUCACUUUGGGUUCCAUGGAGUCGACCGUUUUGACAUUGAUAACCAAAUCGGGGAAUUUUUCUCCCGUACUUCGGUCUCCCGUGCUGUGAUUACCGGAAAUUUGGAUAGUUUCACCUUGCAAAGCUCAGUGACCGUCGAUGAAGUCACAGUUAACCCCUCCAUGCAAGACAAACAAAGAGGCUCAACCAGGAGCAUUGUCAACAUCACUUUGGUCUCAAUGGAUGAGCAAAACCAAGAAUUUGAACAAGUGUCAAACCCCGUCAAUGUUGGUCUUGUCUAUCACUACGACAACCCUUUCGACCAAACCAACGAACCCCAUCUCAGAUCUCAAAUUCGCAGUGGAAGGAAAAACAGCGAUGAAUCUUCCUCCUCUCACAGCCAGGAAUCUUCCAACCAAAUCCGAAGACACAAACGUAGCUUGUCUCACGCUUCGUCCGAAUCCGACGAAUCAAGGUCCGAGGAACUUUACUCCUCAGUUCAGGAAAAACCCCACAUUAAUGAAGCACCUGCCUCACCUUUGCUCCCCUUCACUGUCGGUUACGACGGGCAAGCCAUCAGCAAAAAGCAAAACAUCAAAGAAAGUGCCCGCAAUCUAGCCAAAAAGAUCGGCCAGGAGUUCCAACAGUCGCAAAACAUCCCCGAACGAAACACCGUCGGCAAGUUCCUGAUUUUGAGCAGCCUUGUGAAAGUUAUGGAUAAGGAUGAGAUGAAACAAGUCGCUGACCAGUUGUACACACAAGAGCAACAUGGAGCUGCCGCCGCCGCCUGGGUCGCAUACCGCGACGCUGUCGCAGAGGCUGGAACAGGACCUGCCCUCCUCAACAUCCAGGAGUGGAUCCGCGAAGGAAAAAUCUCCCGGGAAGAAGCCGCGGAAGUCGUGUCAACGGCUGCCGUUUCCGCCAGACAACCAACCGAGAAAUACAUGAAGGUCUAUUUCGAGAUGAUUCAAAACGACCAAAUCAUGGAACAACCCUACUUGAACGAGUCCUUGCUCUUGGCUUACACCACUUUGAUCCACCAAGUUUACGUCAACGAGGAAUAUUCGCACAGUAAAUACCCCGUCCAUAGUUUCGGCUCGUUUAACACAGCUCAAGGGUGGUUCUACGUCAAGAAGGAAGUCAUCCCUUACUUGUCCCAAAAACUGGACGAAGCUAUUUCUAACGCUGACACCAAACAAAUCCAUUUGUACAUCCGUGCCCUUGGAAACGUCGGACACCAGCAAAUCUUGCAAUCGUUCAAACCCUAUUUGGAAGGAACCAAGAAAGCCUCCCACUUCCAGAGGACUUUGAUGGUUGUGGCUUUGGAUAAACUGGCGAAGAGUAACCCUCAAGUCGCCCGCUCCGUUUUGUACAAAAUCUACCAAAACGCACACGAUUUCGACCAAGUGCGUGUUGCUGCCGUCUAUCAAUUGAUGAAAUCGCAACCCUCAGCUGCAAUGCUCCAACGCAUGGCCUAUUACACCAAUGUGGACACGAGCAACCAAGUUAAUGCUGCCGUAAAAUCAAUCAUCGAAUCAGCCUGCGAGCUUCAAGGACCACGUUACGAAAAAAUACGUUCGGCUGCCUAUUCUGCUAAACCCCUCCUCACUUCGCAAGACUUUGGCGUCCAACACUCCCACGGCAAUUUGCGUAGCUUUGUUGAGCAGGAAAUGCGAUCAGAAUAUUUGCAAAAAUUCAACUACCUUGUCGGCGAAGACAGCGUUUUGCCCAAAGGAAUUAACUACUACCUCCAAGGACGCUUCGGUGGAGUCAGACGUUUUGUCGUCGACAUGCAAUCAAUGGUGUCAAGUAUUGAAGACUUGAUCAACGUUUUCGAACAACAAACCAAAGAAUACCGCCGCUUGUUGAAGGAAAAACAAGCCGCCCAAAGUGCCAACACCAAAUGGUCAAGCGAACAUACCGCCAACCUUUUCAACAUGCAAAACGAACAACGGGAACAACUCGAAGGAAAUCUCUACUUCCACGUUGAUGCUUUGCAAAAAAUGUGGUCGUUUGAUAACCAAACCAUCGAAAAUUUGUUGCAAAUUGUCAGAAAGUGUGAGCAAGACUUGAAAAACGGCAAACACAUCGAUUACAACAAAAUGAGCGUCAAUUACGAAACCGCCUUGUCGUUCCCCAGCGCUUGGGGCUUGCCCUUGAUCUACACCUUCGACGUGCCCACCCUUGUCCACAUCGAAUCAGAGAUGCAAGCUUCAGCUAACCCUUCAGUCUACUCGGAGCAAGGUCUCCAACAGCCCGAAACCGUCGAUCUCGAAUACAAAAUCAACGCGUUCGUUUCGGGACGUGUCCAAAGUCAGCUUGGUUUCUUCGCUCCUUUCAACCACAAACGCUACAGUUCUGGCUACGACAAGAACUUCCAAGUCGUUGUGCCCCAAAUUUCCGGCAAGGUGCACCUCAACGUCGAAAACAAACAAGCCACCUUGGAAGCUGAAAACACCGACAGCCAGAAAAACACAAACUUGGUCCAUUACAGCUCCUGGCCGUACACCUCCGUCUACGAAAUUUUCGACGUCGAGCCCAAAAACCAAAUUAUUGAGAAGGAAAACCCCCAUCGAGUUAACACCAUUAUUGGGGACAAAUCCACAGGAAUUGCCUUCUAUUUCAAGAUGAUCAGCAGCCGCCCUAUUGAUUGUGGGUUUAUGUACGAUAGGCUCCGCAAACAGGACCUGGUUUCGGCCCUUUUGGGGUCAUGGGUUGAUGAUAACAUGCAACACAUCCAAAUUGAUUUAGGAAUUGACUCUGACAAGUCGACCACUAAUAAGGUUGUUGUCCAUUUGGGCCACCAACACACCUACAAUUCGAAUUUGAACCGCCAACCAGCCCCCGAAAUGUCAUCCCGGUACCAAGCCGCUCAAGAGUCGUGGGAAAGGCAGAAGGAAUUUUUGAAAAACUGCAGCAAGGACAUUCGUGCCGUCCGUGCCCACGUUGUUGACGCAAUUGUGUUGUUCGAAGGGCAAAGAAUAGUUAAAUACACCUCAACCCUUGCCGGCGCUCGGAGCGACAUUGAUCCCCGAGGUCGCGUUUUGAUGCAAAUGGAAAAAGACAACCAGCACGACAAACCCAUGAGGGUCUUCUUCGCCGCUAACACCAAAAUACCAAACACCAACAGUCUCAACUUGAAAUAUGCCUUGGAAUUUGACCCAACUAGCACCAUCCAGAUCCAAGGCGUCAUCGAAAAGAAGAGUGGCAACGACGCCCAAAUUAAUGCCAAGUUGACUUUGGCCAAGAGCGAGGAGCGCAAACAAUAUUUGAAGGAAUUGCCACAGUAUGAAAAAUGCCAGAAGGAGAUGCAGGAAGGUAACUACCAACUGCCCGCAUGUGCCAUGCUGACAGCCCAAGCCAAUCUUUUGGAUCAAUUCUCAUUCGAAAUGAAUUAUCACAACAUUGACAAGGUUGUGGUUAACAGCACAUACAAAUUGUACACCGUUUUGCGCCACUACAUGUACCCAAGAGUUUCGGAAGACAUCCUGAUGGAAAAUGAGCAAGUGCAGAAGGAUCGUCUUCAGGUCAAGGGUCAAUUUAGCCCGUGUUUGUCUCGUGUCAAUGCAUCUGUUGUCACCGAGUACGGAAAAGUUGACUUCAACAACGUCAAAGUCCAGGAUUGGGCCAAAGCCCUUUUGGUGUCGCAUCCAGUACACCAUGUCAAAUCUCGUCUAGGCGGAUACGCCCUUAACUAUGAGACUUACAAGGCAAACUGUAUGGUUGACAGUUGCGCUGUUAACACUUUGGACAACAGGACAUUCCCCAUUGACUUAUCCAAGGACUGGGUCGUCCUCCUCCACUAUGUCCCGCGCAGACCUUCCCCAAUCAAAAACCAGCCCUACUUGACCGUCCCCGAACAACUGAACCAACAAGUCGAAGGUUACAUCGUCUAUGGUCGUUCAUACGGUGACGCCAAAAAGGAAAUCAAAAUGGUCAUCCAAUCACCGGAUACCCUAUCCAAGGUGAUCGACAUUUCGCUGAAACCUAGCGAAUCCUCAAGCUACCCGCGCCUCUUCGUCCAGGGCCAGGAAAUCAAGUACGACGACCAAGGUUCCCACAUGUACGACGGUUACAUGCAAGCGUACAGACUUCCAAACCAGGAAACCAAAGUCCAAGUCUACAACGCCUUCAGCGUGAUCUACGACGGCGUCCGCGCCAAAAUCGAAAUCACCAACGACAAAUUCCGCGAUGCCGCCCGCGGCCUCUGCGGCACGUUCACCAACGAGCAAGAAACCGACUUCACCCACCCCGGGAACUGCAUCAUCCACAACCCCGAGGUCUUCGUCGCCACUAACACCGUGCCUGAGAAGCAGCGCACGAAGAGGAUGAACGAAAUGAUGAUGAUCCAAGCCGAGGAGAAGAAGUGCUACCGCAAAUCGGUGCAAUUCGUCAAGAUCGUCUCAGCGCAGGAUUCCGGGAUCAUGGGAGGUGAGAUGUACGCCCGGGAAGGGAUCAUGUACAGGACGCAGUAUGCGCUAGCAGCGGGCCAAACCUGCUUCAGCAUUUCGCCGGUCCCGGUGUGCAAAGACGGGUACAAGCAAGUCGAGAGUCUUAACAGGCCUGUGCCCGCACACUGCGUGGAAUCGUCGCAGCUUGCGAGGUCGCUGAGGAGGCAGAUCGAUCAGGGGGCUAAUCCCAGCUUCAAAUCGAAGCCGCAGCACAGGGAAGUUAUGAUGCAGAUGGCGAAAAGAUGCGAAGCCUAAGCGGCGCGAAAAUUGUAGAUAGAUAUUUAUAUGAGCAUUCCUAAAAUGUAAAAAAAAGUAAUAAAAAUUUGGACCAUUUA